AUGGCAUUAAAAAGAAAAAGUGAUAAAAUCGAAGAAAAUAACAGUGGAAGCGACACUGAAACCGAAUCAACCACAGAUACCAAUAAUAAAGUUAAAAAAACAGAAACUAAUUCAAGUGGUAAAGCCGAUGACAAAAGUAAAGAAGAAAUUUUCAAGAUACUUUCGCAUGACAAUAUAAAGAAUUUAAAAGCCAAUGAAGUUAAAGAAUGGUUAUCAGAGAUUGCAUAUCAGUUAUUAAAUAAUGUUGUAAUUUUUAUUAAUGGCAAAGAGCAUAUGUUGGUAGAAAUUGAAUUUUAUUUUAAUGGGUACAAUCACGUCGAUGAAUUUACCCACGGAGACUCAAUGCAACGAGAAAGAGGCACUUGGUAUUUCCAUAGAACAAAUGGUGCAGGAUAUAAAGGCGGUUCUUUUAAGGGUAUGGAUAUUACUUUUGGUUGUGGAAGUGGUGAUGGCGCAAGUAAAGACGACAAUGGUGCAUAUGGUGGUAUUUUAAUUAGAUCAGUUCAAAAAUUGAGCGAUCAAUCAAUCAUCGAUGGUCCAUCACUUUGUGUCGAUAAUAUUUUAAAAUUAACAAACUCAAAAGAUGUCGCAUCAUUUGUACAAGAUAAUGGUAGAUCUAUAUUCCAAUCAGAGAAUCCAUUACUUUAUAUGAAAUUACGUUCAGAGGUAGAAAAAGAGCAACCAAAACUCGUAUUACCAAAAGUAGUAGCACCAAAUAAUAUUUUAUCAUGCGGUAGAGUAGGUUUAACUUUUAAGCGUUAUAAAAAAGGUCAAGAGUAUUUUAUUGGCGGAGACUACCGUUACUUAAGAUUACCAGAUAAAGUUAAAAAAGGUAAACACUACAUGACCGUUAAAUUAGCAUUGGCCGGUAAAGAUAGUGUCUCAAUUAAAAACAUCAUUGGUUCCACCGCAGCAGCCAUAGACAAGUUAAAAGCUCAAGUUAAAAUAGGUCAAUCAAAAUCAAGAGAUGAUCUCAAAGAUUAUAAAGGUGAUUUAACAACUGACGAAAUUUGCCAAUUGCUAUCAUUAUGUGAUAAGUUAACAAAAGAAAGAGAUACUAGCGACAAUAGCCAAGAUAACGAUGAUAAUGAUAAUGAUAAUGAUGAUAAAGAAAAUGAAGAGGAGCAAGAUGCCGAUAGCCAAGACGAAUAAAAUUGUUAUACUAUAAAUAAUAAAAAAUUAAAGAAAAAAAAAAAUAUUCAUGUAU